GACCUCAUCUUCACUUCUUAUCACGAUGUCGUCUUUAUCGAAUCCCCCCAUUCCGGGCAAUGUUCCAGCACCAGGCAUGGCUGAGGGCCCAUUCCGUCCAAAGCAUCGUAGGACUCAUACAGGGUUUGGGGUUCGUGAGAUCAAAGCUGUUGAAGCAAGCAUUCCUCAGCCUCUGCGGGAGACGUAGGUUUAUCAAUGCCCAUCUUACAUGAAGCAUUGGGUGGCUAAUUCGGCCUCUCGUAUUUAGCUGGCUUAAGCUUGUACGUUUUCUUAUAUAGAUUACAAUGCCCUCUUGGCUUUGCGAACGAAUUCUAACCCUGUUAGUCUGCCUGUGAGUUCAAUGGGAAAGAGCAAUUCCAGGUUGGUGAAUCACCAUCCGUUUCAUAGGAAGACCGGGCUCUAAUUGCCAUUGAUACUUUAGAAAGAGGUUGUCCGUCAUGUCGAAACAACUUUGGCUCGCUCGAUCUACAAUUGCGACGAUAAUGCCGCAUAUUCCGGCACUGCCUUAGCUAUCCGUGACAAUCUCGUCAUCAAGUGGAAUAAGACCCAGCAGCAACAGACCCUCCAAGACCAAAAGAGAGUUUACUAUCUCUCUCUCGAGUUCCUUAUGGGAAGAACUCUUGACAAUGCUAUGCUUAACACCGGACUGAAGGACACGGCCAGAGAAGGUGUCGGUGAGCUCGGGUUCAGGAUUGAGGACAUCAUUGAUCAGGAACACGAUGCUGCACUUGGGAAUGGUGGUCUUGGACGAUUGGCGGCUUGUUUCUUGGACUCGCUCGCCACCCUGAACUACCCUGCCUGGGGUUACGGUCUUAGGUACCGCUAUGGCAUUUUCAAGCAAGAGAUCAUCAAUGGCUUCCAGGCCGAGGUUCCGGACUACUGGCUUGACUUCAAUCCUUGGGAAUUCCCGAGACAUGAUGUCGCUAUUGAUGUCAUGUUUUAUGGGACUGUGAACCCAGGCCCCAGGUGAGUGGUGUUGUGGGUUAGGAGAAUAUCUCUUUGACUAAUUAUUUGCAUAGGGACGACCACGGAAAUAUCAAGAAGGUCUGGGAAGGAGGUGAAAUCGUUCAGGCCAUCGCCUAUGAUGUUCCUAUCCCCGGAUAUGGCACCGAUUGCACAAAUAACCUGCGACUUUGGUCCUCAAAGCCAUCCGGUGGCGAAUUCGACUUUGGAAGGUUUAAUUCUGGGGAUUACGAGGGAUCUAUCCGUGACCAGCAGAGAGCCGAAACCAUCUCCGCAGUCCUUUACCCCAACGAUAACAUCGAUGCUGGUAAAGAGCUUAGGCUCAAGCAACAAUACUUCUGGGUGGCGGCAUCUCUGCAUGAUAUUGUUAGGCGGUUCAAGAAAUCUCACCGCCCUUGGAAGGAAUUCCCCGAACAGGUAGCGAUUCAGCUCAACGACACCCAUCCAACACUCGCCAUUGUGGAAUUGCAGAGAAUAUUCAUUGAUAUUGAGAAUAUGCCAUGGGAUGAGGCUUGGUCUAUCGUCACUCGUACAUUCGGUUACACCAACCACACCGUUCUCCCAGAAGCUCUUGAGAAGUGGUCAGUUCCACUUGUGCAAAACCUCCUGCCCCGCCACCUUCAAAUUAUUUACGACAUCAACCUCUUCUUCCUGCAGUCCGUCGAACGUAAAUUCCCCAAGGUUAGUUCCCGAACCCUUUUGGCUUCUAUUUCACAUAAUGACAAGCGGGAACUAGGACCGUGACCUGCUCCGCAGAGUUUCAGUGGUUGAGGAGGGCACGCCCCAGGUGCUCCGUAUGGCUUAUCUUGCUAUCAUCGGUUCACACAAAGUCAAUGGUGUUGCAGAAUUGCACUCGGAUCUCAUUAAGGCUACCAUAUUCAAGGACUUCGUUGAUAUAUUCGGUCAGGAUAAGUUCACAAAUGUCACUAACGGAAUUACUCCUCGUCGUUGGCUCCACCAAGCAAACCCUAAACUCUCCGACCUUAUUGCUAGCAAAGUGGGCGGUUAUGAUUUCCUGCGGGAUCUGACCAAGCUCAACGUCUUAGAAAAAUAUAUUGAUGACAAGACAUUCAAGAAGGAGGUGAGUGGCUACGCAUGGGUAUUGGUGGCGCUGACGUGCUAAUAUCGAAACAGUGGAUGGAGAUCAAAUUGGCUGCUAAAGUCAAACUUGCAAAGUACAUUAAGGACACAACACAAAUGUCGGUCAACCCGCACUCUCUCUUCGAUAUCCAGGUCAAGAGAAUUCAUGAGGUAAUUCCAUCCGAUGAUGGUUAAGAGUCCUUGGCUGACAGAGCCAGUACAAACGCCAACAAAUGAACAUUUUUGGUGUCAUUUAUCGUUACCUCAGGCUGAAAGAGAUGACGCCGGAAGAGCGCAAAAAGCAGGUCCCCAGAACCUCCAUCUUUGGAGGCAAAGCAGCUCCUGGGUAUUGGAUGGUGAGCCCCCUCAACCUCCUCGGUCUCUCCGAAAGCUAACAUAGCGUAGGCGAAAACAAUCAUUCGUUUGAUCACCGCUGUCGGCGAAGUUGUUAACCAAGACAAGGAGAUAAACGGUCUUCUCAAAGUUAUCUUCAUUGAAGAUUAUAACGUCAGCAAGGCAGAAAUCAUUGUUCCUGCUUCGGAUAUCAGCGAGCACAUCUCUACUGCCGGAACCGAGGCUAGUGGCACCAGUAAGUUUGGUUGCUAAAAAUGUGUAUUAUCGAACGUUUUUGACACGUUUCGUAGGCAACAUGAAGUUUGUCUUGAAUGGUGGUUUGAUCAUUGGUAUGCACCUUUCCUACAACUUUCAAUCAUUGACACAAAAAACUGAUAACUCUCAGGAACUUGCGAUGGUGCCAAUGUGAGUCCUAGCCAACAGGUAUCAGACAUAAUGUGCGUACUGACGGAUGUGCUUUAGAUUGAAAUCACCCGUGAGAUAGGCGAAGAAAAUAUCUUCUUGUUGGGUAACCUAGCUGAGCAGGUUGAGGAUCUCCGUCACCAGCACCGUUUUGGCAAGGAUGUUACGAUGGAUCCCAAGCUCCGAGAAGUUUGUGAUGCUAUCGAGGCAGGACGUUUUGGCCCUGAGCAGACAUAUUCCGGGUUGAUCGCGUCCCUCACUAUAGGCUUCGAUUACUACCUUGUCAGCGAUGACUUUUCCAGCUAUGUCGCUACCCAAGAUUUGGUUGAUGAAGCCUACAAAGAUCAGGACGGCUGGGCUACCAAGUCCAUUACAAGUGUGGCCCGCAUGGGAUUCUUUAGUGCGGAUCGAGCCAUCAAUGAGUAAGAUUUCUUUUGGACCCGGAAACUUCUGAGUACUAGGGGCUAAAGCUAAUGUGUACGUUUUUUUUUUUUUUUAGGUAUGCCGACGAGAUUUGGAACGUUGAACCAUCGAAUAUUAAGCCGUCUUAGGGAUCCAUGGCCGAGGAAGCUGGAACAUUAUCAUACACCAUAGUGCAAAUGGGCUACUGUUUUCCUUUCAGUUGUUGUCGUCCCUGUCUGGGUUGUUAUUUCUAAAGUUUUUUCUUUCUUUUCAUCUCUUGCUCAUUAAACGGGCAGAUGGUUUGAUACCACAUCCACAUUGGGACGGCGACGAAUAAAUGUUGUGCCUGCAAGCAAAGUCCCGUAGGAUCACGAGCCGCUUUUGCCUUUCUGAGGAUGGCGUUUCUAUAUGAAUGAAUAGUCCUUUUAAAGAAGGGAUUUUGGUGCCCCGACAGCGUACUGUGCAUCUGGGUGCUGGGGUGUCCCUUUGGUUUAGCUAAAGUGAUAUGCCGCAUCCUGUCCCACACAUGCCCAAUUCAUCUAAAUAAUUUAUUGACCCCGGCUACCGUGCAUUGCAUAUUUACAGACUCUUGCCCAUAAAACGCCUCUUUGUGAAGCUCAACCACCACUAUCAACUCGCUGUCAGUGUACCCUGUUCCGCUACCGUUGUUGGGUGGGAAGAUAUAUGUGACAAUACCUUACUCGGCUUUCCACUCCCGUCCGCGUACACCCUGUUCAACAACCUGAUAACCAGCUCCUGCCUCAUCUGACCGAUAUACCCCCUCAGCGCCUCAGCCUCCAUCCGAUCCCUCGGGGGCUGGUACAGAGCGUUGAGCGGGAACGCGGGAUCACCCGGGAGUGCGAAGUGGUCCAGCGCCACCGUCUGCAGCGCCUUUUCGGAAUCCCUCAAGCUCAUACUGGGCUUGAUCCUGCUCAGGCAAUCUGAGAUGAAGAGGAUGCCGUAGAUGAGGACGCGGUCGGCGGGGCCCUUGAUCUCGAAGUUGCGGAAAAGCGUAUUGGCACGGAAGAGCGUUAUUGUCUCGUCUAGGAUGUCGUAGUGCUCACUGUCCGGGUCGAUGUCCAGGUCGUUGGUUAUGCUGGCCGGGAGCGGGGACAGAGUGUAUGCUGGCCCACGGGUGCGGGUGCGGAGGGGGAGGAGGGCGAAGUUGCCUGGGCAAAUCGAUCAGAAAGGGGGGGUGGAGAAGGGGUGAUGGAAGGGGAGAAGGGAGGUAAGUACCGAUGAGACGGACAUCCGUGUCUUGGAGAAAGGCGGAGUGGUAAGACUGUUUGGAUCUGUUGGUUAUCUUCGGGCAUGAUAUGGGAUUUGGGUGUUAAGGGUGCAUUUUGUGGGAAGAAAAAAGGGGGGAUGACGUACGGGCAUGGUCAACUUGGUGAUCAAUCAAUCAAUGAUAAGUGGUGGUUCUUCUAGUGGUGAUG